AUGGCGCAGAAACCCAUCAGCACCGCCGAGGCCGAGCGCAUGAACCUCGUGGCCCAGGACCAGAUCUGGAGAUACCGCCUGAAGGCUGAGACCGAAGCACGGCAAAACUGGGCCCAGAACUGGGGAUUCUUAACAACUCCCCUCGAAGAGUUGGUCAAGUCUGAGGAAGAGCCCCCGACCCCAAAGCCCAGAAUCGAGCUUCCCCAGAGUUUCCACAUCCGGCCAGUGACCCCGGUGGAGAAAUACAUCAAGGUCCUUCCGUCGCCCCCGGUCCCAAAGACCACCCAGGGCUUCAUUGGCUGGAGGUCCGGGGUGCCGGGCCUGAACAAGUGUCUGCAGCACUGUGACGAGAUCAGAAGCUGCAAGGGGGCAUACGCCAAGGAGCUGGGCUGGCCGAAGCAAGGCAUCCACUGA